AUGAAAGAAGAAGAUGUAAUUUUAUUAAAAUCAGCUGUUCUGUCAAUAGGAAACCAAGGAUUAAUUCAAGAAGUUGCUAAUAAGUAUGCAAAAGCUCAUAAAACUGAAUGCAGAGAUCUGCUAAAAAAUUUAUUAAAAAUUAUGGACUCUCAGCAGCUUCCUGUUUACAAGCUUCAAGCUGCCAAAAUAAUUGAAGCCAUCUCUGAGACAAAAAAUCUUAAUUUUAUUAGAAUUCUUGGAAAAGGCUUGAAAUUUUAUAAAGAAAUCGCUAAGUAUAGAUGUGUAAUAUUUACAUAGGAAUCUUCUGACAUGCUAAGAGGCAUGGAUAUUUUUUUAGCGGAUUCUGAUAUUCAAAGAGAAGCCUCAGCAGAGUUUUUUAUUUUAGUUUUGCAAUGUAUUCAAGAUUGGGCUCAGAUUUAUCGAUAUGACAGACACAAAAACGAUUCAAUAUUCUUUAAAACCUAUCAAGAACUAUACUGAUUUACUAUGAAUAGCCCAGUAAAAAGCUUUUUUAGGGUGAAGGAUUAAAGUUUUUGCGCAUGAAAGUUAGAAUUGAUCUUUUGAUGAAUUAGGAGAAGUGAAAAUUGCACUCACUAUAUUCCUUAAGAAGAAAAUUGUUCAAAUAGUAUUAUUUUUAUUAAAAACUUAGAAAUUUAUUGGGCAAUUUUCUGCUUAAAGAUUAUAGUGAGCCGCUAUUUUUACUUUUCCUAAUUCUUUAAUUCAUCAAAAGAUCAAUUUUAACUUUCAUGUGCUAAAUUUUACUGGUUCACCCUAGGAAAGCUUAUUGCCGAGCUAUUCAUAGUAUAUUAGUAUAAAAGAAAUGGGCGUAACUUUUCCAGAACUUAUUCCAUUAGACGUCCCAACAGAGGUAAAUACUUCUAAAAUUAUCCAAAAUAUCGAAAAAUGCAAAGAUUUGCUGGCUUCAGUCCAUAGAAUAAUGAUGGAUGCAAAUCCUGACAGAAAAUUGAUUACUCUCCCCUAAUGAGCGAACCAAAAAUUUUUUUUCACUUAAGGAAGGGGUGUUAAUUUUGUUUUUAAAAAUUUUAUAUAAAUAUUAUAGUAAAAGUUUUUUUUAAUUUUAAAGGAAUAUAUAUUUAAUUUGUAAAAAUUUAUGUUAUAAAAUGCAAGCUGUUUUAAAAUUAAACAGAAUUAGCCCAUAAUAAUUAUCACUUAUAUAUCAAAAUAUUUUUCAUAAAAUAUUUUUAUAUUAAAUUUCUCAAGGAGAGUGUUUUUUUACACUCAUGGACGGGGGGGUUAGUAGAAAAAUAAAACUUUUAAUUGAGCAAAAAUACGAGUUUGAAAAGGAAGUAAAUACAAGUAUGGAAAAUGACCAAUUUCAGCUGAUAAAUGAGUUGACACAGAUUACAGAUGAAAUCAAUAAGGCUUAUCAGAUUUACAGAUACUGAAAAAAAUCAUCGAUUCCUAUUAACCCCCCUUUAUGAGUUUUUUAGUAUAAAAAAUAUUUUUCAAUAUAUAAAUGGUAAUUAUUAAAUGAAAUCUCUACUUAGUUCUUGGAUUUUAAAGGUUGAUUAUAGAAUAUAAAUUUGACAAGUUAAUUUUUAUUUUUGCUUUUAAAGUUUGCAUUUUGAAAAUUAAUAUAAUAUCUAUUAAUAAAAAAUAAAAAAUAUUUGCUUUCUCACGGGGGUAAGGAGACCAAAAGGAUUUCCAUUUCCAGAAGUAAUUUACUGCCCCAGCCAAUUUCCAAGAAUUACUCAGACCCAAAUCCGAAAAUUUCUCCUCAAGUUGAUCCUCAGCUUGACUAUCAAGGAUCUGCAAUUGAAAAUGACAUGGCAAAGGCUGCACUUUCUUUUUCUGAGUUCGACAAAAGCCCUUUUAAAGGUGAAAAAGGCGAUUUUGAGCUUGAGUUAGACCCUGAAUGAAAAGAAUUUAAACAAGCCUAUUUUAAUUUAAAAGACAAGUACGAAAAUGCACUUGUUAUAAUUACUAAAUCAGAAGAAGAUUAUAAUGAAAUCAAUGAAAAGCUGAAUAGUGCAAUUGAUGAAAAUAAAAUUAAAAAUUUUAAAAAUAAAGAAUUGGUCAAAAAAAUUAAAGAGCUGGAAAUAAGUGUAGCAAAAAAUGAAGAAAAUCAGAUUGUGAUUGAGAAUUAUAAAGAAAUAAACAAAAAUUUAGAAAACCAUAUAAAUGAGCUUGAAAUUCAAAUUAAGGCAGACAAAGAAGAAGUAAAAAGACAAAUUUCAAUAAAUCAAUACAUGGCAGCCCAAAGAGAAAUUGCUGAAAAUGAGUUAAAAGCUCUGAAAGACGCAAAAGGGAAUGAAAAAUCGUUCACAACUGAAACUGUUUUUUCUUUUUCCGUUUGCAGCAAUAAAGGAAAAAUCGAUUUAUCAAAUAUUUCAAAUUCUACUUUGUCUCCAGUAUCUUUAACCCCAGAUAUUUCUCCAAUUAAGACUGAAUCAAUCCCUAAAGAGCCUAUUGACGUUGGAACUCUAGAUUUUUCUUCAAAUCUAAUCGCUCAUGAAUCAAAAUAUCCAACAAUAAGACAUAUAUCUCCAAUUCUCCAAAGAGAUAGUUUGAAUAACCCAAUAACUCCUUUAAAAUCUUCACAAUCGCAAUCUUUUGGCAUUCAGGUGCAAAAUGAUGAUUUCUAUUUAAAAAAUCUAUUAUCAAAAUCAGGAAUUCUUUAUAGAAAUGAAAAAAUUCAGGUUGAUUAUAACUUGCAUGAAGAAGGAAAAAUCAAGCUAGCGAUAAAUAAUAACUCUGAGCUUGAUUUUAAUAAUUUUCGCUUAUUCCCCACCGUGAGCUACAAAUUUUUUGCUGCUUGGUGGGGUUAAAACUUUUACACCUAAUAUUUUUUCAAAAUUUGCUAAUAUUCAAAGCAAAAAUUUUAUUUAAUUUAGAAAUUUUAGAUUUUAGAAUUCAAACUGUUUAAAAAUUUAUAGAAUUAGCUGGAGAUUUCUUAUAGCAAUCAUUAUUUCUAUAUCUAAAUAUUUUUUUUCAAAAAAAUAAAUUAUAUUAAAAAAUGUUUUGCCUACCUCAGAAAUAUAUUUUUUCCAAUAGUUUAUCUGGCCUACAGAAUGGGGAGUUGGAAUUUAUCGAGCGUGAAGGCAUAGAUUUUUCAUUCCAAAACGAAAAAUCUAUCAUCCCUGCAAAUACCAACCUUGAGCUUUGCAUUAAUUACACUAUUUCAAGCCCUUUCGAGAACUCUCCAAUUUGGAAGCUUAUAUAUAACUCAGAAAUUAAUUAUUUAAAGCUUCCAAUCACCUAUAUAUUAUCAUUCAAAAGUUCUAUCAGUAAGAACCCUCAGGAUGUAUGGCAUUCUCUAUCAAGCGAAAAAAUUACCAGAAAGUUCUAUGGCUUAAGAAGUCAUAUAAGAUCCAUGAAACUAUUGAUAGAGUAUUGCAAUUUGCAUGGAAUUAUGAGAGCAUACCCAGAUGGCCAGAGGAGUGUAGUUAUUUAUGGAGAAGGAGAUUUUAUUGCUUUAUGUAAAAUUACAUUAAAUAAGUCAGCUUCAGCUGGAAGAAUUGAAGUCAGAUGUCAAGAUGGAGCUGUUAGAGAAAUUAUGGCGAGUCUAAUAAAAAGCCUAAUUUCAAUUGAGUAA